GUGAGACAGUGUGGAGUGGUUGCCUCUGCUGCCUCGUGUCCUCUCACCACUCCUGACGCAGCUGAACGUAUAGUGUUGUGACGCUGCAUGUGUCUCAGUGGACGCAGAAAUGUCGUACUCACAGCUCUCCUCCCUUGAAAUAACAGACUCUGAUUCCCAGGACAUUGAAAUGCCGGAAUCGGACACAGUCGAGUACAGCGACCCGCCAGUGCUUGAAAUAACCAGUCCUGAGGAGGAAAGUUUCGACCUGUCUGACCCUGAACUCUAUGAUCCCGAGCUGGAGUAUUCGGAAUCGGCAGACUUUUCGGCCGUCGAGUCCUUGCAUUCGGAAUUAUCGGAUCCUGAACUCUAUGACUCCGAACUCGUCGACCUGGAGUUAAUAGAGCAGGUGUCGGAUUUGGAUCUCGAGGACCCCGAAAUUUCCCUCCCAUCAACCCCCGAGGAGCAGCAACCCCCGCCCUGCCCCGCCCCUCCUCCCCGCCCUUAUCGUUUGGUCACGCAGGUUUAAGGUGACGAGACAAGGCGCAUUAAGCCCGUGUGGAGCCUCUUAACUGAAGAAGUGAGCUCCUUAUUCAGAGCCUUGAUGAUGAUGACUCCUCUGGUGGUAGCGCCAUGGUGAAGAAAAAAGUUGAGUUAGUGUGCCAGGGAGUGUGAGUAGAAAAAAAAGAGGUGCUAGAAAUGAUGCUCCUGAAUACAAGGAUCUUGGAAGUGCUUUACCCCUGGCCUUUGAAGUUGAUGUUUCAUUAGGCAAAUUAGCGUCAAAUGUUGGCGUCAAUUUGAGCGACUUAUCUUGGUGAUGCGGUGAACAGGCCACCAGGUGUGUGUGGAUGAAGGUGCGCUAGUGCCACGUGACCCUGCUGAUGCUGUGGCACUGUAUAUUAUUUUUUUAAGUGAUAGUACUGUCUGGUCACGACUACAGCUGAAUGAGAGGCAGCCAUGCAGUGUCAGUUUACAGAUCUUUGUGUGUAUGAAAUUCAGUUAUAUCAGUGAGAAACUCCAAAUCUUGGAAGUGAAAAGUGAUUGGAAAAUAAUUGAACCAAAGUGCGCCGAGAUGAGUGCCGUGGCUACGUGUGGUCGUGUUCCCAGUGAGUGUCCGAUGUGAGGAGCGAGCCUCGAGUGACGGCGCGGCAUGGGCGAGGCGGAGGCAGCUUUGGGUGGGGGAGUGUGAUGCGCCCCUGCGCUUAUGCCACGCCAUGAUGGCGCUCUUCGGGAUGGUCUGGCUGCUCAAGGUUCGUAAACAUUUACGUCACUGCGCCCACUGUCGCGCCCACUUGAGAACCUGUGCGCAGUGCCGAGCGCGGCCGUCACCUUCGCUGCCGUCCAUCAUUACCUCGCGAGAUUCCACCAAAGAGUCAUGUGCUCAGGACUCCGCCUCGCAGACCUCCCCGCCCGAACAGGAUCGGGCCAAGAUUUCUCUUGACUUGGUGGCUCACCGUCCAGCGUGCGAGGAUGACAGCGACAGUCAGGAGGGCUCAGGCGGGGAGGGGCGCGGCCAUGGGGUGGGCGAGGAGGAUGCCAGCGAGGGGGAGGACAGAACCGUGGAAGAAAGGGUCGAAAACCCAGCCAUGUCGGAAGCCAGUGAGAAUGAAGGCAGUAGCAUUUCUUUUGCUGGAAAAGUGUCCCCUGUCCUGUCCUCCCCACCCCUUCCCCCGCCCCUCAGCCCCACUCCGCCGCCCUGCGAGGGAAGCAGAUCUCCUCGAUGCCCCCAUGACCCUGCCGUCAGCGUGGCUCAGGAGCCCUGUGAAAGUGUCUCCGGCUCCCUGGCCAGCCGCGUGUGCAGCCUCUAUGGCGAUGAUGUGCCGCGGCGGGAUGCUGCCACUGCUGAAAGGCGGCGGUCACUCUGUUCCAUGAAAAGACGAAGUUUACCCGAGGUUGAAGACGAGGACGCCAAGAGCAACAAUAGGACUUCCACCCUGCCCAGACAAGCCUCAACGGGCAGCGGCUACCGUUUUUGUUACACCCAAGGGCACACACAUCCCCACGCUUAUGUCCCCCUAGCUGGGUCUACACCUCACCUUCCACAGCACACCAGUAGCUCCCACCUCGCGUGGGACAAGCCCCCUUAUUACGUACACACUAGCAAGGUUUCCACCAACACUGUAACGGUGCCUCCGCCUCUCGUAACUCAGACAUCACUCACCACACCCUCACCUUACCUCCGGGAGGCCCCUGUGUUAACACUUGACCCCCGUUACCUGCCGGGAGACGUGUUGGAGGGUGCGUACGGCGGCUCGGAUUCUAGUUCACAGAGCGGCUCGCGUAGCUCAUACAGCGACCACAGCCUACCCCCACCUUUGCCAUUUUCCGAGGGAGCUAUUCACUACCUCCCCAACCCCCCGGCUGUCACCCACGCGACUCCACAGUAUCACCACCAGCUGCUUCCUCCGCCGGGAAGGGUUGAGAGCAGUUACGGGAGGCGGCCAGAUGUGACCAGGGCCUCGAGUCCUCAAAGCCAGCGUGUGCAUUACAGAGACGGCGUGUGGUCCAUCUCUACUCUCUCUGCCACCACCACGUUUCUGGGGGCAGAAUACCCGAGCUAUGACCCCACCACCGUGCCGGGUCGUGACCGCCGCCCCUAUGCUCAAGUAGAGCCCCAGACCUUCCUGUCGCAAGGCACUCGAGGCACUCUGCCGAGGACCCACAAGUACCAAGGGUCUCCGGCACGUCACGGCCGGAGUCACUCUCGCAGCCCGAGCCAUCCUCGCAUCAGGCUCGACCUGCUGGAGGGAGGCAGGCCACCCCCACCCCCAGACUGGGGUGGGCAGGCCACGCCUAGGACUUCUUACUGCGCCCUGCACGGCUACAGCAAACCUAAAGGUAAGUGGUCAUCAUGCUCUCCUCCACCAAAUAUAGUUUGUUGAAGGUCACUUUCUAUGUUGCAUCUUUCCCUUUCGUAUUUUUCUAUGACGAGAGAUGACUGAACCAGUUUGUAUGUCUUCAGUAGGAUAAAUUGGGAUUGUGUGUGUGUGUGUGUGUGUGUGUGUGUGUGUGUGUGUGUGUGUGUGUGUGUGUGCGCGUGUGUGUGUGUUACCUUACCCUUUAUGCGUUCGUCAGUUCAUGUGUAUGUGUAAGAUGGUCCUCAUCCUUUUCCACACAAUGAGUGCUGUUCCCACGCCCCUGCUGCUCAUUAGCGCCUGCUUUCUUAUCGUCCUUCAAUAACGCUGUUGGUGAGAGUACUGUAGGUGGUGAAACAUUAAAUGAUGCCGUUUUGGUACUCCACAAUUCGGAAAGCGUGGUGCUGCCCUCGAGGACGAUUCGGCGUGGUGCCGCCCUCGAGGCCCGGCCGGGAUGGUGUUUUCUCCAAGCCAAGCCGUGGUGGUGCCUUCCUUGAGGCCAUGCCUAGGUGGUGCAGCACCCGAGGCUCUUGGUGAUGUUGCCCCCGACACUAGGCCUGGGUGGUACCGCCCCUUAGGCCAGACUGAGGUAGUACCUUUCCGAGGCCGGAUCGAGGUUGUUCCAUUUCCGAGGCCGGGCAUGGGCGGGGUUUGCCGUCGAGAUCGGAUCUGGGUGGUGCCAAUUUCGAGGCCGGGCCUGGGAGGAGUUUGCACCCGAGGACGUGUCGGUGUGGUGCCGCCCCGAGGACGGCCCGGAGUGCCGCCUGAGGUCGCAGUUCUACUUUAAGGCGACUCGUUACCCUGAGUCACGUGACGGCUGGCGGCGACGCGCUCCUUAGGGAAAAUAUUUAGGAAAGUUUUCCAAGCUAAGGCUCCUAAAAUUAAAUUCAUAAUUCACUUAGU